AUGCGUAACGGCACCGCCCAGGGCCGCGGCAAGAACGCCUUCACCAGUGGCUUCGAGGGCCCCUGGACCACCUCACCCACGGAGUGGACCAACGAGUAUUUCCUGAACCUCCUGAACUUCGAUUGGGAGAAGCACAAGGGCCCCGGCAACCACUGGCAGUGGCGCCCCAAGGCCGCCAAGUCGGCAGCUUCCGGCAAGCUUCCCAACAUCAUGAUGCUGACCACCGACAUCGCGCUGACUCAGGACCCCGUCUACCUCGAUCUGGUCAAGAAGUUCUCGGCGAACCUCACGCUGCUGACAGAGCAGUUUGGCGCCGCAUGGUACAAGCUGAUGACUCGUGAUAUGGGCCCCCGUACGCGCUGCCUUGGUGACUUGGCAGGACCCGCGCGGCCCUGGCAGAUGCCGCUGCCCGCGGCCCCCAAGACCCUCCCCGACUUCUCCAAAGUCAAGGCUGACAUCAUCAAGGCCAUCUCCACCCCCAACGCGGCCGUCCCCGGCGACACCGUGGGGGGCAAGCGCUACUACGGGGCGCUGCUGGGCCGCCUGGCGUACCAGUGCGCGAGCACCUACCGCGAGACAGACUAUGCCGGCGGCUGCAACGGGGCGCGCAUCCGCUUUGAGCCGAUGAAGUCCUGGCCACAGAACAAGGGCCUGGAUAAAGCCCUGCAGCUGCUGGAGCCCAUCAAGGCCAGAUACAAGGACCUCUCCUGGGCCGACCUGAUCGUCCUCGCAGGCACAGCCGCCCAGGAGGCCGCCGCCGGGCCCGGUGCCCCCGCGUUCCCCUUCUGCGGCGGCCGCACCGACGCCGCCGACGGCGCCAACACCGACCACCUGGCGCCCCGCAAGUACAUAAACGCGACCGUCGCCGUCAUCGACAACAUCAAGGUCUCUGGGCUGACGCCCGCCGAGGCGGUCGCGCUGGCCGGGCAGCUGCGCAGCCCAGCGGCCCAGAAGGCGCAGGGGUACUCAAGCUCUCGCGCAGAUUCUGCUGGGAAGCUGUCGAACGAGUUCUUCAAGGUGCUGCUGCAGUCUGACUGGCGCAAGGUCAACUCCCCCAGCGGCAAAGAGGAGUACACUGCCAAUGGCGGCCUCUUCCUGACCCCUUCAGACCUCGUGAUCAAGCAGGAUCCCAAGCUUUCGGCGAUUGCAAAGGAGUAUGCUGCCGACAACGCCAAGUUCCUCAAGGCGUUUGCCGCCGCCUGGACCAAGCUCAUGAACGCCGACCGCUUCAAGGGGCCCGCGGGCAGCGUCUGCUGA